UGUGCGUCUACCCUCAAAGCAGCUGGAGAAGCUAAACGGCGCCCCCAGUGUCUGCAAAGGACCGCACGGAACAAACGCGUCGCCUUGUGAUGACGCCAUCCAAAUGCGCGGGGCUCAAUCACGGUUACUACCGGCCCAUACCUUUUGUUUUUGAACGUCACUUUAACCGGAAUUUUUGAAUUUAACAGCGCAAAAUUACUGCAGAAAUCCACUAGAGAUCAAUACGAGUUAAGAAUGAACAGUCGACUGCAAGAGAUCCGUGAACGGCAGAAGCUCAGACGGCAGCUCUUGGCACAACAGUUGGGAGCAGAAAGCGCAGACAGUAUCGGCGCCGUACUAAACAGCAAGGAUGAGUUGAAGGAAAUAGAGGAGAAUCGAGAAAUCUGCAGGGCUUCGUUUGACCCUUCAAUUUCUUCGUCCAAACGGAAGGCUCAGACGGAAGGAGAGGAUCUGGAGGAAGAUGUGGAAGAACAAAAGGAUGAAGUAGAGGUGCAGCAGCCUGAGGAAAGCAAUCCAUAUGAAGAGGUGUACAAGGACUCAAGUACUUUCCUCAAGGGCACCCAGAGUCUGAACCCCCACAAUGACUAUUGCCAGCACUUUGUGGAUACAGGACACAGACCACAAAACUUCAUCAGGGAUGUUGGUCUAGCUGACAGAUUUGAGGAAUAUCCAAAGCUGAGAGAGCUUAUCAGGCUUAAGGAUGAACUCAUCUCCACCACCAACACCCCUCCCAUGUACCUCCAGGCUGACCCAAUGCACUUUGACUUACGGGAUUUAAAGUGCAAGUUUGAUGUGAUUCUGCUUGAGCCUCCUCUCGAAGAGUACUACAGGGAAUCAGGCAUUAGCCAUACUGAACGCUUCUGGACCUGGGAUGAUAUCAUGAAGCUGGAGAUUGAGGAGAUAUCAGCUCUGCGUUCCUUUGUCUUUCUCUGGUGUGGUUCUGGUGAAGGCCUGGACCUUGGCAGGAUGUGUUUGAGGAAGUGGGGUUUCAGAAGGUGUGAGGAUAUAUGUUGGAUCAAGACCAACAAGAAUAACCCAGGCAAGACUAAGGCCUUGGACCCUAAAGCAGUAUUCCAAAGGACCAAGGAGCACUGUCUGAUGGGAAUCAAAGGGACAGUCCGUAGGAGUACCGAUGGGGAUUUCAUACAUGCCAACGUGGACAUUGACCUAAUUAUAACAGAGGAGCCAGAGAUAGGAAAUGUAGAGAAGCCAGUGGAGAUCUUCCAUAUCAUCGAACACUUCUGUUUGGGCCGGAGGAGGCUGCACCUGUUUGGACGAGACUCCACCAUCAGACCAGGCUGGCUUACUGUCGGGCCCACUCUGACUAACAGUAACUUCAACUCGGAGGCGUACGCUUCCCAUUUCGCCAUCCCCAAUUCCCACCUCUCCGGUUGCACAGAGGAAAUUGAGAGGCUGAGACCCAAAUCUCCCCCAGCCAAGCUGAAGUCCGAUCGUGGUGGUGGAGCAUCUAGAGGCGGACGUGGUGGGCCAAAUGCAGGAAGAGGGGGAGACAGAGGCAGGGAAAGGAACAGACCAAAUUUUCGUGGGGAGAGAGGAGGGUUCAGGGGAAGAGGAGUGCCGCACAGGGGGUUUCCACCUCGAUAGAGCACAGAACUCAUAAACACCAUAAACUGAUAAAAAAAUUUAAGAAAAAAAAAAUCUUAAUUUUUUUACUAUUUUUUUCCACACAGAUGUUGAUACUUGCCAUGUGACUUGGAGUAAGUAGAUGUGAUUAAAAUCUGUUCAUUUUGGCUGUUGUAUGUAUGUGGCAUACUCAAAUGGGGAC